CUGAGACCACUCUGCGCUCUGCUGAAGCUGCGCGAGGCGGGGGCAGCGGAGUGAGCUCGCGCGCGCGCGCGGAGGAAUCUGGGGCGGAGGCUGGACCGAGGACUCUCUGAGUAGAAAACAGCGGGUUUAUAGCGGCGAUUUUUUCCGUUUUGAGCGGCUUAUGAGACUUUACCAAGAUGACUCGGGGGUCGGGAAAGUCGAAAGAAGAGACGCUGAUUGAGAUGAAUGAGGCCGGUUCUCCAAACGGCGAGGAGAACAAUGGCUUCCAUUCUAGUGCCAACGCUGGGGUAUUUCAGCUAGACGAUGCCACGGUGGAUAAACAACAUCAGAGUAAGGACUCUGUGUACUUCAGAGAUGGGAAACGACGGAUUGAUUUUGUUCUGUCGUACGUUGAAGAUAAAGAAGACAGAAAACAGGAAAGAAGAAAACUCUAUGAGGAGAACAUGCAGAAAGCAGGGCUGGAACUGGAGCUUGAGGACAAAACGGAGUCUGAGGAUGGAAAGACUUACUUUCUGAAGAUCCACGCACCAUGGGAGGUGCUGGCCACCUACGCUGAUGUGCUGAAAAUUAAAGUGCCUUUCAAAGUCAACGAUAUCCCAGAAAACCGAGAGAUUCCAGUUAGCUGGCUCUUCACACCAUUACUCCUGCCUGAUCAUGUGAUGCGUCCUGACCCAGACUACUUCACAUCACCUUUUGACAAGAGCAAGGAUGACUUCUUCCUCAUUGAUGAUAAGGAGACCCUUUUCCCCCCGUCCACACGCAAUAGGAUAGUGUACUAUAUACUCUCCCGCUGUUUCUACAACAGAGAUGACAAUAUCAACAAGGAUAAGAGAGGCAUAAAGAGGCUGCUGAACAAUGGAACUUACACUUCAGCCUUCCCACUGCAUGAUUGCAGGUACUGGACAAAGUCUCGAGACACUCACUGUGAGAGUGAGCGGUAUAGCCUGUACCGAUACUGGGCUCGCUUCUUCCGCUUUUACAAGGAGCAGCCCCUCAACCUCAUUCGGAAAUACUAUGGAGAGAAGAUAGGGAUCUAUUUUGCCUGGCUUGGAUUUUACACUGAGAUGCUGUUCUAUGCUGCGUUGGUGGGACUCAUCUGUUUCAUCUAUGGAGCUGCUACGUACGAUGACGUAAUUUGGACCAAAGAGAUCUGUGAUGACGACAUUGGGGGGCAGAUUGUCAUGUGUCCUCUCUGUGACAAGAAAUGUGGCUUCUGGAAACUCAACAGUACCUGUAACUCUACCUGGCAAUCGCAUUUGUUCGACAACACGGCAACAGUAUUUUUUGCCAUAUUUAUGGGUAUAUGGGUGACUCUUUUCCUGGAGUUCUGGAAGCGGAGGCAGGCCAGGCUGGAGUACGAGUGGGAUCUUGUGGACUUUGAAGAAGAACAACAGCAGCUGCAGCUCAGGCCUGAGUACGAGACCAAGUGCACCAGCCGCCGCCGUAACAAAGUCACACAGGAGAUGGAGUGGGUUCUAGAACAACCGGUCGUUGGUUUAGUAGGCAAGAUCUUCCUGUGCUGGUCCACUGUGGUCCUGUGGAUCUCUCUGAUCAUAGCCAGUAUCAUUGGAGUGAUAGCAUAUCGGCUUGCUGUGUUUGCUGCAUUGGCCAGCGUCAUGAAGGACAGCCCCACCAAUAAGAUGGAGCUGGUGGGCUCACUAAUAACCCCACAGCUUGCCACCUCUGUGACUGCCUCCUGUAUUAACUUCGUCAUCAUCAUGAUUCUUAACUUUUUCUAUGAGCGCGUUGCCAUCUGGAUCACAGAUAUGGAGGUCCCUAAAACUCAUCUGGAGUAUGAAAACAAGCUGACCAUCAAGAUGUUCCUCUUUCAGUUUGUAAACUACUACUCCUCCUGUUUCUACGUGGCCUUCUUUAAGGGAAAGUUUGUGGGCUACCCCGGAAAGUACACAUACAUGUUUAAUGGGAGCGGGCUUAGGAAUGAAGAGUGUGACCCUGGUGGCUGCCUGAUUGAGUUGACCACUCAGCUGGUGAUUGUCAUGACUGGUAAACAAGUUUGGGGUAACAUCCAAGAAGCUCUGCUUCCCUGGCUGAAGAACUGGUGGAGCAGUAGGAAGGCUCGUAGUCACCCUGAGAGUCUGUACAGUCGUUGGGAGCAGGACUAUGACCUGCAGAACUUCAGCCAGUUUGGUCUUUUCUACGAGUACCUUGAGAUGGUAAUCCAGUUUGGUUUUAUCACACUCUUUGUGGCCUCCUUUCCACUGGCUCCUCUUUUGGCCUUGAUUAAUAAUAUUCUGGAGGUGCGUGUGGAUGCGUGGAAGUUGACUACUCAGUUCCGUAGACCUGUAGCAGCGAAAGCCCACAGUAUUGGAGCCUGGGAUGAAAUUCUCAACAUGAUUGCUGUCUUCUCUGUUGUCACCAAUGCUUUCAUCGUGGCGUUUACCUCAGAUAUGAUUCCUCGGCUUGUGUAUCUAUACGCAUAUCACCCUGGAACUGAGCUCACCAUGCAGGGCUACGUCAACAACAGCCUAUCCAUCUUCAACAUCUCACAGCUGCACAGCGAUAAUACACCUGAUCCUGGUGAAAAUCCUGCCUGGUUUAACAAUUCUGUAAUUACAACCUGCAGGUACCGUGAUUACCGCUAUCCUCCUGGCCAUGAGUAUGAGUACUCUCACACCAUGCAGUUCUGGCACAUCCUGGCUGCCAAAAUGGCAUUUAUUAUCAUUAUGGAGCACGUGGUGUUUGUAGUGAAGUUCUUAGUGGCAUGGCUGAUCCCAGAUGUACCGUCAGACGUGCAGGCUCGUGUAAAGCGUGAGCGAUACCUGGUGCAGGAGUACUUGCACAACUAUGAAGUGGACAAGCUGAAAAAGCAGCUGAAUCAGAUGGGAGGAGGAGAGUGCAUCUGUCCAACAGUAGCUCAGCCUUUAAAACAUGAGGUUGUAUCUGAAUGCCUGACCUAAUCUCAGCUUUCUGUUCUUAUGUGAAAAUGAAAGCGGCUCCUAUCAGGCACUUCCCUGACCUCAAACCCCAGACACUGACUGUUCUUGCCAUUCUACUCAUAAGCAGAGUGAAAAUACUGAUCUUGGAUCUGCUCCUUUCCGCCCAAACACAUACUCAUUUAGACAUGAAGGUAAAAGUACUUUAGCUCUUUUACUUUGAGACGUCUGAUGCAAAAGGCCAAAUGUGGCUUCUUUUAUUAUUGAACUGUGGUUUAGAAACUCUUUUUUUUAUUAUGUGUUGUUUAUUAUCUCUUAUUCAGAUUUAAGAUUAUUUUUAUCAAACCCAUUAUGCAGCCAAAGACAAGAUGCCUUAUUUCUAUAUAUCUAUAGCUUGUAUUACUCUCUUCAAGGCAAAAAUGUGAGUCGUUAUAUCAGCACAGAUGCCUGUUCAUUUUAGUGAAGUUCAACCUUUCAGAUAAGAAGUUCAGGGGAAACUUCAGUUUAUAUUUAUUUCUGUAUGAAGACAUUUUACAUAAAUAGAUUUUAAAUGCAUUUAAAAUCAUAGACAGUUUAACUUAAAGACCUCUAUAAGCUCUUGAUUAACUAUCAGUAAAAUGUAAAACAGUAUUUUCACAAUCAGGACACUGUACAGUGCACAGUUCACUCAUCACUACAAAGUGCCCUUUUCAUAGCAUGCAGCUGCACAAGGUUGUUGCAAGGAGCUUUUCUUUUAUUCCUGUGAAAUAUACCGUACCUCUAUGCAAAAUAAGAGCAAGUGCACCACAUUUCUCAAGUACAUUCUGUCUGCCACCAGGUGAUGUCACUAGUGCAUUCACACUCUUAUUUAAAGAACAGACACCUCAGCCGAUGGUGGUUGCAAGCAAUCAGCACCUCGAACCCUGUGAACCAAAUCCAGCCAAAACUUACUGUUUAAAGCCAAAGUGUAAAGAGUGUAAAGAGUAACUAGCGUUUAAUGCAGGACUGAAAGAGGAGUCUAGGCACACUAAUGGCUUUUAAUGUGCCUUUAUUUAUCUUCACAUUUAUUACAGAGGAGUAAAGUCCAGCUGUAGUCAUGGGAACUCUGUGAGUGUCUCUUUUGUUCGUUUGUUUUUUCUUUUCAUUUUCUGUUCUUUUUACAGGUCAGGGGACAUAAAUGAGAUUGUGUAAUGUUGUUGUCUUGCACAAAGCACUUAAUGAAGAAGGGGUUUGUCAGUGUGAUUAAUGUAUUUACACUACAGUAUCAGUGUUGUAAUGAAAUGCCUGAAAUCAAGACGGCAGGCCAACCGUCCAGGUCUGCUGUGGAUAGAAGAGAUUAGUUGAUGUAAAUUACUGUCAGUGCUUUGUAAAGCAUCACAGUACAGUAAAAUUGAUGUAAUUUUAGCAUUGGGUAGCAUUUGGGCCCAUGCAUACAUACAUACAUACAUACAUACAGAAACAUAUGCUGUGCUUAAGUUCCUUUUAUCCUGAAGCAAAUCAUUGUUAAUUUGUUCCCCUUUACAUGCAUGUAAGUGUUCCACCCUCUCUCCCUGUGUAUGUCUGUCAAAUGUCCUACAGAACAUAUGUAAACAACACUGGUAUCACAACACAAAUAAAGCCACUCAAGUUUAUGUAGAUUAGUAAUUGGUUUUCAAUGUUUACAGUAAAUGCCACACUCUGGUUUUGUUUAUAUUUGUGAAUUGAAUUCUAAAGACUUUUUGUUCAGAUUGUUCAGUUUGUUUAGGAAUUAUGACAUAAAAUGAUAGGAUAAAUCAUGAAAAAAUCUUGUUUAUGUUUGCCAUUUGUUUUUUUUUUGUUUUUUUUUUCUAAUUUUCUAUGCACAUUUCUCAAAAUGCCUAAAAUGCUACAGAUCAUACAUACUAAGAUUUCUAUGCAUUUGUUAGAGGUGAAAUGCAAAAAAUCAUGGUUGUGUUUCAGUGUGCACUUCUGCCUGUAUGCUGGUAUGUUCUGCUGUUUUGGCCCUUUAAAUAUAAUUCCAGAUUGGACUUUAUCUGUAUAGACAAUCAACAACCUUUGCGCCAAAAUCAUUUGUCUUUUGUUACUGAUCAUCUCUGUUUUAAAACACCAUUAUUGAUUUUGUAAUGCUGUAGCAAUUUGCCAAGUUACUAAGUUAUCAUUGGAUCUGAAAUCAUAAAUGAAUAUAAUUUUAAAUAAAUGAAAAAUCUA